AUGUCCUCGCGCAACCCGCCGAACCCCAGAUCUUCGUCUACGGCUGAGCGGCGGACCGCAGCUGCCCACCAUCUUGCUUCCUCAACACGGCCCCGCGUGGCCCCGAACGACAUGAGCGGGGAGCAAGAGCGUCACAGCUCGGCCACCACACACACUAGGAAACAAUCCGCUACUGGUGGCAGCGGUGAGAGACGGGUGGAACGGAAGGAAAUUCGAGAAAAGGAGGUAACAAUUCGGAGGGCACGCAGCCCUCUCAAACGUACGUCUGAACCGCGUGGCAAUGCGAGGAGUCGGACGGAGAAGGCCUCUCGGGCUGCCGAGAGAACACCUGGAGGUGUGGCCGCAGCCCGUAGCUCUUCAGAGGAACCUCAGGCACCGUGGGAACCCCAGGCCAUUCUCGUCCCGCAUACCACUGCUCCGCUUGCAACCCGGAUAUCCAUACCCCCACUUGCGUCUACAGCUCCCAAUGCCCUCCAACCGCCGCCCCUAGCCCAAAUGUCGCUCGAAGCCCAAGAAUUGGCCAUCAUUGAAGACCUCAUGUUCGUGUUUAUGGGGUUUGAAGGACAGUAUAUCCGCUUCGUAGAAUCAUACAACCCGCAUGAAGAGAAGGAACGGCUCGUGGGCCCUCAGUUCCGGAUACUACCUGGCCUAGACCCGAGCCUACGGGACCUGACCAAGUCUAUGCUGAAAAUGGCGACUCACUAUAUUGCAGUGGAGGCUUGGGUCGAGGUGCUGUGUAGGGAGGAAUAUGGUGCCGUAAACCAUGCUUUAUGUGCUUCUGUACGGCGGUUGUUAAAAGACUAUUUGAUUCUGAUAGCACAGCUCGAGCACCAGCUGCUAACCAACCCUUCCUUUACCCUUCACGUUCUGAAUCUUCACACCAAACCGACCAGCCACAUGCUAUUCCAGCUGUACGUUACCGGUAUCGAGUUGCUCAAAGCUAACGGGGUUCUUGUGGACGAGGACUCCGAAGACUCAGGAGAGGAAGAGGAUAAUAUCGACAAUAUCCUGGAGUCAUUGCAAGCAGGAGGCAAUGUCCAGCUAGCUGUCAAGAAGAUAUGCAAAGGAGGCAGUGUGCUGGGACUCAUCACGAAGCGACUUGCCUCCAUGUCCGGGGAUCCAGCUGCGCGAACACUUCUCACGACGCUUCUGCGGGAGGCAAGCCGGCCAUAUAUGGCUAUGCUGAAUGAGUGGCUGCAUCACGGGAGCAUACGAGAUCCCCACGCCGAGUUCCUGAUAAAGGAACAGAAGAGCAUAAAGCGAGAGAGACUUGACCAGGACUAUACCGACGAGUAUUGGGAAAAGCGAUAUACCAUUCGAGAUGCACUUGUACCGCCACAGCUGGAAAGUGUAAAGGACAAGGUGCUUCUGGCGGGCAAAUAUCUGAAUGUUGUCCGAGAAUGCGGUGGUGUGGACAUAAGUAAGACGGUCCAAGAUGUACCGACCAGUUUCGAUGAUCCCAGAUUCCUGGACAAUGUGAAUUCAGCCUAUGCGUAUGCGAAUUCCUCGCUCUUGAACCUCCUCCUCACUACGCAUGCGCUACCAGCGCGACUUCGUUCUCUCAAACAUUAUUUCUUCCUCGAUCGGUCGGACUUCUUCUCCUAUUUCCUGGAGCUGGGGGCGUCUGAGCUUAAGAAACCAGCUAAGCACGUUAAUAUCGGAAAGCUGCAAUCUUUGCUGGACAUCGUUCUCCGCCAACCCGGUUCGGUCGCUGCAGAGGACCCAUUUAAGGAAGACGUCAAGGUCGACAUUAACGAUGUUGGACUCACAAACUGGCUGAUGAAGAUUGUUGUCAUCACUGGUCUGGAUCAAGACCAGGCCAACAGUGCAUCCAUCACCAACUACAUUACUCCCGCGGCUACGACCGCACCAGUGACAGACGACAGCAAUAUUACGGGGUUUCAGUCCUUGGUUUUCGAUUACGCCAUGCCUUUCCCUCUGUCCCUCGUCGUCAGCAGAGUGACGAUGACGCGAUACCAGCUGCUCUUCCGAUACCUCUUAAGCUUGAGGCACCUCGAGACCAAUCUGGUAGAGUGCUGGGGCGAGCAGGGGAAGCAUGGAGCGUGGAAGCACCGAUCCAAGAAUCCUCGAAUCGAGCUCUGGAAACGGAAAGCGUGGACCUUGCGGGCACGCAUGCUGGUGUUUGUUCAGCAGUUGCUUUACUACUGCACGGCAGAGGUGAUAGAACCCAACUGGGCCUCCUUUAUGUCCAGGCUCAAUGCCGAGGGCAAGGAGGAAGGGAAGGGCAAAGGAGAAGCGGAACAUGGCAGCGCAUCGCAGGUGAAGAGGACAGUGGACGAACUGAUGCAAGAUCACAUCGACUUCCUGGAUACCUGCUUGAAGGAGUGCAUGCUAACCAACUCCAAGACGCUUCGUAUCAACAACAAGAUCAUCGGCACCUGUAACAUGUUCGCUACCUUCUCCCAGUCUCUUUCCCGUCACCUGGUCGUAGCCGACCCCGACCUCUGCGCCCAAGUCAACGCCAAGUACGCCGCCCAAAACGCGCAGUCUGGCCAGGGUACGAAGCCGUCAGGUGCUUCUCAACGACACUCGAAAGCAGGCGCCCAGCUCUAUGUCUAUGAUCCACAGCGGGUGGACAAGAUGUUUGACAUGCUGGGCAAGUACGAAGAGAACUUUGCGCGACACCUCAAGAUCCUACUCGACACGCUGAAUUACCUAGCGGCGACGGAGACGGUGGUGUUUUUGAGCCUGUGUGCGAGGUUGAGCAGUGCAGGCGAAGGGGGGCUUAUUGCCAGUGCGCCAGAGGGCGUGUUUGGAGUGUAG